UAAAAAUCUACAUCAUCGUCAUUCUUUCUUCUCUUCCCUCCUUUGUCUAAAAUGAGAGGAGGUGCGCGGCCGCUGAGCCGGAUGGGCUCGUCGGCGUGUUGCGCCCGGAGCCGGCGAUUUGCCAGGGCGUUUCGGGUGCAGUCGGCACAGCGGGUGGUCAUGCGAGCAGGGCUGAAUGGCGGCAUCAAGAGGUUGCCCGAGGCCAGAGUCGAGAAAUGGACGUGUUUGGCGUCUCCGACGACGAGGAGGGCGAUGGCGACGGUUUCUGACCGGCCGGUCGGCAACUGGGGGCCGCUGGAGGAGUAUGACCGGCGGGUGGAGGCUGGGAUAUUGCGCAACGACGAGCAUCAACGAGGCAUCAUCCAGAGCUUGCAGCACCUCCACAAUGAGCUGCGCAACUACCGCGCACCCCCCGUCGUCCACCCCAGCCUCGACGACCUCAAGCCCGCCAAGAAGUCCGUCUUCUCAUCGCUCUUUGGCGGCGGGGGCGGCGCAAAGAAGGCGACGAUCAAGGACAUCCCGGAGAACCUGCCCCGAGGCCUGUACCUAUACGGCGACGUCGGCAGCGGCAAGACGAUGCUCAUGGACCUCUUCUACGAGACCCUGCCGCCCUCGGUCAAGUCGAAGACGAGGAUACACUUCCACAACUUUAUGCAGGACGUCCACAAGAGGCUGCAUAAACUGAAGAUGCAGCACGGGAGCCACAUCGACGCCGUGCCGUUUGUGGCGGCGGAUAUUGCGGAGCAGGGGAAUGUGCUCUGCUUUGAUGAGUUUCAGUGUACGGAUGUGGCAGAUGCCAUGAUUUUGCGGAGGCUACUCGAAUGCCUCAUGUCGCACGGCGUGGUGCUGGUGACGACGUCGAAUCGGCACCCAGACGACCUGUACAAGAACGGCAUCCAGCGGGAGUCAUUCAUCCCGGCAAUCACGCUGCUCAAGAACCGGUUACACGUCAUCAACCUCGACUCGCCGACCGACUACCGCAAGAUCCCCCGGCCGCCGUCGGGCGUCUACCACACCGCGCUGGACCAGCACGCCGCGUCGCACGCAGAGAAGUGGUUCCGCUUCCUGGGCGACCCGGACAACUUUGCGCCGCACUCGGAGACGCAAAAGGUCUGGGGCCGCGAGAUCUUCGUGCCGCGCGUCAGCGGGCGGUGCGCCUGGUUCACCUUUGACGAGCUCAUCCGCAAGCCCAAGUCGGCGGCCGACUACCUCGAGCUGGUGCGCAAGUACGACGCCUUCAUCGUCACCGAUGUGCCGGCCAUGACGAUCCGGGAGCGGGACCUCGCGCGGCGCUUCAUCACCUUCAUCGACGCCGUGUACGAGGGCAACGCGAAGCUGGUGCUCACCACGGAGAAGCCCCUUGCCGAGCUCUUUGUCUCGCGGGACGAGGUCGCCGAGUCGCUGCUGGAGGCGAAUGCUCUUUGUCUCGAAUACCCUGAGCGGCAUUCUCUUUUUCCUUGUUUAGAUAUUUUGUUUGCUUAGAUGG